AAUCUGAGGUUAAUUUGACAAACGCUGGAUCCUUUCUAGCCAUGACCCCGGAGAGCUGCCCACUGGAGCUGUCCCCCGUGGUUAAAGUAACUAUUGCAUGGUACUACAGUGGCCACUAAGGUUACAUAUUAAACCGGUCUGACAACUCACUCACCCUCAGACAUAAAGGGUGUAAAAUACAUCCAAGGCAUGCUCACCUGUUGCAGUUGCAUUUUACAAUGGGGGAUUUGAAGGACAGUAAUAGUAUAGACGACAGAGUUCUAUCGGCCAUUCCCCUUAGACAGGGGGACAUUAAAGUUGUAUUUCACAAAGUUGGCGAUGACGACGACGAUGAACACACUACUGAGAGGAUUAAUUUACAAAGUAACAGUCAUGACGAGCGGGGUAAUGAAGAGGCAAGGACUAGAACAGUGGAAAGCAGUGCGAAGCAAAGAUUAUGUCCUCCCUUGUGGUGUAGAAUUGGCGGCGGCGGGGAUCCCAUCUCAACGGAACCAGGAGACACAGUUGCCAAAGAGAAUAAACAUUGUCCAGGACUGGGCCUGUUUUAUGGCCUGCUGGCAACAGUAUUCUUCUCCAUUAUAGCUCUUCUGGUGAAGACAAUAGAUGGAGUCCAUGCUCUAGAAAUCAGUGCCAUUCGUUGCUUCUUCCAGAUGCUGUUUGUGAUGCCUAUGCUUAUCUAUUACAAGACUGGCUUCCUUGGACCAAGAGACAAGCGGAUCUAUUUGGUGAUGAGAGGGUUCUUGGGUUCCAACGCCAUGAUCCUAUUGUUCUAUGCAGUACAGCAGAUGCCCCUGGCUGAUGCAACAGUCAUCAUGUUCAGCAACCCAGUGUUCACCGCCUUGUUAGCCUGGAUCUUCCUCAAAGAGAAAUGCACAAUCUGGGACUGUGUCUUCACUGUCUUCACACUGGCUGGUGUCAUAAUGAUAGCCAGGCCUCCCUUCAUAUUUGGUGCUCGUAGAGAGGGAAUAGAGGGAGACUACACCAAUCAUCUCAAGGGGACUAUUGCAGCCUUUGGUGGAGCGUUAGGAGCAGCCUGCACUUUAGUUAUACUCAGGAAAAUGGGCAAAAGCGUCCACUACUAUCUGUCUGUAUGGUACUAUGCGGUCAUUGGUUUCAUUGAGUGUGUCAUCACUUUGUUUAUACUUGGUGAAUGGACCAUUCCAUUCUGUGGGAGAGACAGGUGGAUCCUUAUGCUUAUAGCAAUCCUGGGUAUUGCUGGCCAAACGUUCCUCACCAAAGCACUUCAGAUUGAGAAGGCCGGCCCUGUGGCCUUGAUGAGGACCGUUGACGUGGUCCUGGCCUUUAUUUUCCAGUUCUUUUUUUUCAACCGUAAGCCCACCAUGUGGAGUCUCGGUGGGGCAUGUUGUGUGGUCGUCAGUACCUGUGGUGUGGCUCUAAGGAAGUGGUACAGCAACACACACCCAAGAAAGAGCCGCGAACCACGCAUCAGACAAAUAUUUGAUUCCAGGAAUAAAUGAAAGGUUAUCAAUUAAUAUGUUCAUGUUCAGCAGUCAAGAGUGUUAUGUAAACCAAAGAAGCAAUAUUACAUCCAAAUGUUACAGUGAGGUUUUGAGCACAAAACUGGAAAUGUUUUAGUAUUUACAUCAACACACUUAGAAAAGAGGGUUCUUUGGUAAGGGUGAUGGUUCUAUGUGGAACCAUAAGGACUCAAAAUAACCAUUUGAGCUCUUCAAUGGUUCUUUGCCGUUCAGAAAACGGUGCUUUAAUCUUUUAAUGAUAAUUCAAAUGUAGGGGAGGUGGCUCAUUCUAAUAUUUUGGGGCGUGGUUUUCUCACAGCUUUUUUUGUGCAGCCGAGAGUGAGUGUCAUUCCAGUUGACAUAAUCUGUUGUAUUAUGUCACUGCAUGUUAAAUAUGACUGGCCAGUAAUAAAUAGUGUCUUGUGAGAGACUUAUGUAAGGCCUCGUGUCAACGGUUGACUAAAUCUCAAUUAUCUCCUCAGGGACCACCCAGCCGGUCCAGAGCUAGCACACCUGAUUUAACUUGUAAAUUAACACAAUAUUAACACCCAUGUCAUUUUAAAGGUAAUAUAAUAUGGCUAACCCUCUUUAUAGCACCAUAAAGGUUCCAUUUAGAACCUCAUGAACAUGGUUCUUUAUAGAACCUUCAAAAAGGAUUCCACUAUGGUUACAAGACAAAUUACCCUUAUUUGGCAGUGGCACUAUAUACGGUGCCUUCAGAAAGUAUUCAUACCCCUUGACUUAUUGCACAAUUUGUUGUGUUACAGCCUGAAUUCAAAAUCGAAACCCCAUAAUGACAAAGUGAAAACAUGUUUUUAGAAAUAUAAGCAAAUUGAUUGAAAAUAAAAUACAGAAAUAAUUAAUUUAACAUAAGUAUUUACACUCCUUUGCUAUAACACUCCAAAUUGAGCUAAGGUGCAUCCUAUUUCCUUUGAUCAUCCUUUAGAUGUCACUACAACUUGCAUGUCUGAGCAGAAACUAUACCAAGAAGUCAAAGGAACUGUCCAUAGAUCUCUGAGAUAUAAAGAAAAAUAUGGAACUACCCAGACUCUGCCUAGAGCUGUCCGUCUGACCAAACUGAGCAAACAGGCAAGAAGGACCUUGGUAAGGCAGAUGACCAAGAACCCAAUGACCACUCUGAUAGAACUACAGUUCCUUGGCUGAGAUGUGAGAACCUGCCAGAAGGACAACCGUGUCUACAGCACUUCACAAAUCUGGGCUUUAUGGGAGUGUGGCCAGACUGAAGCCACUCCUGAGAAAAAGGCACAACAGCACACCUGGAGUUUGCCAAAAAGGCAAGUGAAAUACAAAAAUAUUCUGUGGUCUGAUGAGACAAAAAUUUGAGUCUUUGGCCUAAAUGUAAAGCCUGGAAGUCUGGAAAAAACAGCAAUAACUCAUCACACAUUGAACACCAUCCCUACCGUGGAGCAUGGUGGUAGCAGCAUGCUAUGGGGAUGCUUUUCAGCGGCUGUGACUGGGAGACUGGUAAGGAUAGGGAGAACAAUGAAUGGAGCCAAAUACAGGCAACUCCUUGAGAACCUGCUUCAGAGUGCAAACAACAGACUGGGGCAAAAAUGUACAUUCCAACAGGACAAAUGACCCCAAGCAUACAGCAAAAGCAAUGCUGAAAUGGCUU